UUGUCUGAAUGGGCAGAGGCUAAAAGCAGCCGCUGCUGCUCUGCAGGCUGAAAUUGAGGGUGGGGGCAGCUGUAGCUGCCUUGGAAACCGCAGCUGCGACUCUGCUACCCCUGCUUGGGCAACCCUGCAAAGAGCCUAGCCCAGACAGCUCAGAGGCUGAAGCGCCAUCCUUUCUUCUGCAAGGCCUAAGAGGUGAGACAGCUCUUCGCAGCAGCCCCUGAGCAUCCUCUGCCCAUCUACGAAGGUAAAGAAAGGGGGUGCAACCACAUAAUGCAGAGAUGGGAGGAUGAAACCUUAAUAUUUUGGGCUUCAGAAUUGGCAACGUCGAGGUAAGGAAGUGAACACCCUAGCGGUUGGGCUAUAUGGUGGUAUGAGCAGCUCAUCAAAGCCGGUUUCAAAAGCGAAUUCUGUGUGACUGAUUGCAGAGCUGUCUAGACUAGAGGCCCAGAGCACCUGGAUCAGAGAGCCUGCGAUCAGAGACCAGCCCUACCUGGACAAGAACUAUUACGGAAAGCACCUGUUGCAGAGGCUAGGCUUGAAAUUAAGGUGGAGGCCAGUUUCUGAGCCCUGUUCCUACCCAAACGCAAGGAAGAGACUGCCGGGGAACGUUUCUUUGGAGGUUUCUGCAGAUUGGACUGUUUUUGUUUGCAGCAAGUCCAAGCGUCUUGUAUUCAGAUAUCCAAUUAUUGUCAGACAUGGCUAGCCUCCUUGCUAGAAUGGGUAACAGUCGCCGGCAGAAUGCAGCUUUUAUGCCUUUUGCCCAUUCCAUGCUGAGGGCCCUGGGGAGGAGUCUUGGUCCUUUGAUAGCCAACAUUGCAGAGAGAAAUAUACAGUCGUUCUCUGGGAGGGCAGAGCUAGGCCCCGGGGAAGAAACCUUUGAGAACUGGCUAAGCCAAGUCCAUGAGGUCCUACCAGAUUGGCCUAUGCCUGAAGAGGAAAAGAUCAAACGCCUGAUGAGAACCCUUAGGGGCCCUGCCCGGGAGGCUAUGCGUUUGUUCCAGGCUGACAAUCCCAAUCUAAAUGUGGCAGAAUUUUUGCGGGCAAUGAAGUUGCUAUUUGGGGAGUCAGAGAGCAGUAUGACAGCACAUGGCAAAUUUUUAAGCACCCUGCAGGCACAGGGAGAGAAACCAUCUCUGUACGCGAUUCGUUUAGAGGUGCAGCUGCAGAAUGCUAUCCAGGCAGGGGUCCUUCCUCAGAGUGAGGCGAACAGGACUCGCCUGCACCAGCUCCUUGUAGGGGCUGAGCUGAGUAGGGAGCUGCGCAUCAAGCUUAAGGGGCUUCUCCAAAUGCAUGCGCAUACUGAGCAGGAAUGCCUUCCUGACUUCCUGGAGUUAAUCAGGAUGAUCAGGGAGGAAGAGGAUUGGAAUGAGACUUUCCUUAGAAAUAAGAGGCCCAGAAGAUCUGAGACUGUAAUGGAGAGAGCUGCCAGCCCUGUCGUCUUUCAGGGCUCCCUGCCUAUAGUGAUAGGCAGUGCUGACUGUAACGUGAUAGAGAUAGAUGAUUCCCAGGAUGACUCAGAUGAAGAUGUGAUUCUGGUGGAGCCUGAGGACCCUCCACUCUUAUCCCCAGGUCCCUCAUCCCUGAGAGGCACAGCCAGUAGUCAGGAAGAAAUGCUAGUUAUUGAAUCCUCUGAUGACUUGGAUGAGGAGUCUCCUUCCACUAGCAGUGGUUCUGGGCAAAGGAAUAAUGGACCUGGGGAUCUAGGUAGAACCAGAAAGCGAAAGUACCCAAUCCGCUGUCCUCAUUGUGGUGAAGAGGGCCACGCCAAAGAAACCUGUGACAAUACCAGCAACAAGGGCCAGGUUUUUGAGAAUCUGAUAGUCACUCUGCAGGAGCUGACUCAUAUGGAGAGACCAAGACCCUCUGUACCAUACUAAGGUGUGAGACUCAGCCCCAGAUCAAUGUUUAAGUCUCCUCAGAAGCUAAUUCUAGAGGAAAAAGAGAUGGGGUGGGCUUCUAACAUAAGGAAUUCAUUUAAAACAAGCUUUUCUUUGGAGAAGAAAAAGCAAACUGGGAUACCAUGUAACAGAGAGGCAUGGACCCACAUCAUUCCUUGCUCAUUCCAUUAACUGCUUAAUGGUUGUUCCUCUGUGUGUCGUUCUCUGGUGAUUUUAAUCUAUCUGUGAAGUGGUAUCUUCUUGAACCUUCCAAAUGAAGUUAAAAAGAAAAAAACUAAAGUGCACAUUACCUGAAAAUCUCCCCCUGAUACAAUCCUUGUCAGCCCUUUGGUGAAUAUCCUGUAUACUUCCCUGUACCUGUGUGCCUAGGUAUUUAUGUAUUGAUAAAAGUGAUCACAUAUAAGUGCUGUUCUAUAUUAUGUAUUUUUUCAUCAGGCAGUAUAUAUUGUGGACUUCUAAAUAAAUGAAUAUAUAACCAUCUAAUGUCAUGCAUACUAUAUCUUUGGUGAAAACAAAUAAAAAGUGAAACUAAUUGUAACAACUACAGGAGGAGUGUUUUCUUUAAAGGUAAGAAGGGAAGUUGAAAUGAGUGACAUAUCUCUUCAACACUUGUUAUAGCUACUGGCCUGCCCCCUAGUUCACACAGCCAUCUGCACCAAAUAGUUAAUGUCUCAGUGUCCUCAAACAUAGCUUGAGAAGUCUGACCAUGGCCCAAAAGAGGAGGCAUCCCUACGUGUCUUCUGCCUCACCCUUGGCCUGAGAGCAGAAGCUGAAGCUGACUUCUGGUAUCUGUCUUCUUGUGGGUAUAUUAGCCUUUUACUGAAAAACCUGAUGGAGAAUGACUGCAUAUAAGGCUGACAGCAGACUGUAAAUGAAUGCUGAUCUAAGGAUAUGAAGCAUUUGUAAAAGACUUAUUUUUAUUUGAAGUAUAGGACUUUUUGCCUGCAUGUAUUAUAAGCCUACAGAGGCCAGAAGAUGGGAUCAGAUCCCCUGUACCCAGAGUUUGUAAGUCACCAUAUGGGUAGGUAUUGUGCAAAAAAUCUAGGUCUCCAAGGGCAUAAAGUGUUCUUGACUGCUGAGAUACCUCUGUAGUCUGACUCAUUUUACCCCAAUAGGGUUUGCACAGGUCUGUCUGAGAAGGGGGUGUACAGCAGUGGUAGCUGGCUUGUCGGGGACAGAAGUAGAGGCCAGGUGCUACAUCAAGCUAUACAGCCUUCCCUGGGAUUCUGCACUCACAACUGGCCUUCAGUGCUUCUCCUAGAAUCACCCUUCUUGGCCCUGCCUGGCCCCAGCCUCCUGUCCUGUUCCAUCCCUACCCCCACAAGGUCAUUUUGCACCCCCUCCUUUAUUGAAGCCACACUCCUUUCUUGGUGAUGGAGGAGGCUCACCCUUUUGUUCUGCCAGUGACCAUCUCCCCUGCUCCCAGCACUUCACGUGUUGUCCCAAAGCCUCAGCCUCCUUCAGUUUCAAGGCCAGGAGAGUAGAAAGCUUUGCAUUCCUGGGAAAGAGCUUGCCAGGGGGAGGGGUAUUUCUUGCAUCUUUCUGCAAGAAUUCUGGGCACUUGGCAGUCACAUCCAUAUCUCAAGAGUCAGAACGGGCACCUCCCCUACCUCUUCCUGACUAGGACACUCAGGCCUACAAAGUCACAUGGUCCUCAACGUUCUUUCGGAUUUAUAGCUCUUAUUUGUUCUCUACAACUUUCAAAUCUAUCCUGAUUCCCAGAUUAUAAGAUCAUUUCUGCCUGGGCUGCUCUGUUUGGGGGGGGGGAGUUCCCCAGAUUUACAGGUUCCCUUAGAAAGUAGCUAGCUUUGAGAAGAAAUACAUGCUAUAUCCACACGGCCAUCCUCAUUACGGUUACCUCGGAAGUCCAGGGUGAACUGCUGAUUGGAAAAGCUGCUCUGUAACUCAUCCUUUCUUCCUUCCCCACCCUUUCAGCUAUACAAACCUGGAAGUGUGCGAAUUUUCAUUUCACCAAACAUGAUGCAAAGCUGAUCAUUUCUAUUUUACUUUGUGGGACACUGAAUUUUCCUUUAUUCAAGAAAAAAUACGUACAGACUUUCUGUGUGAUGGCUGGCUUAGUACUGUUACCCUCCUAGUGGCUGCUAAGCCCUGCCAAUUAUCCAGUGCCUGCUGCUACCCUCAAGGCCACACCAUGGAGUUCUUUGAUAAAGCAGCCCUGAAUAUGAUGCAGCCUCCAGAGUUUAGAAAUGAAAAGAAAAUUCUUUAUCUCUAGCUUCAACCUUGAAGACACUCCUGUUCUUUACAGCUUUAAGGAUCACAGUUCCUAUCUAGCUGUAUUUUAUAACUAAAUCUUACAUAUUUGAAGGUGCCCUUGGAAUUUC